AUGCAGAAUGCUGUUUUGGAGGAUGAUCCACGAUCGCCGACCGUCGGGAUCCAUCGCACCCCGAUUGAGGUUACGCCUACAUCCAAGAUGGGAGCCGCAAGCAACAGUGUUCUCGAAAAUUCGUCUAGCGAAGAUCCGAACGAAUCGCCGAUGGCCGCAUACCAGAAAAAUCCCGUCAGACCGUCAGAGAAUCUCCACCGCGAGGUGCUGGAGGCUUCUUUGUUUCCGAAGUUUUCCGCACAAAUGUCUUCGACCGCAGAGCCCACCGCUGCCCGUUCCUAA